CUGAUAUAAUGACAGAGGGCUGGUGCUUAUUUAAGCUCUUUGACGUUUUUUCGCUCCCAAGCCUUAAUUAGAUCUCCGCGGACAGGGAAUGAGAUGUGUCACCUGUUCAAAAAUGCAACUUUCUUUCGGUCCACAUUCACAUAGAAUUUAUUGACUCAUCCUUUUUCGCCAUCACAUCUAAACACCUAUAUCAUCAAAAUGAACAAUAGGCCGCCUUUAGCCGGCUAUCCACCACCUCGUGGUUACGGUCUUGACUCUUCUCGUCUAAUCGCACCUUAUCAAGCACACGGAAUCAAACCUUUUUAUCCUCCUCCAAACGUUGGAUCUUUACCUUCAUCCGUACCUUCGCCUUAUCGUAUCGAAGCAAUGCAAAGUGCAGAACGCAGACAUCAUUCUGAUUCUGUACAUGAAGGAGAUGAAAUGAUGGGAUCAAGCGAUGAAGAUUCUCGUGAAGUAAAUUAUUCGAAUCAUAGUCAUGGUACUCUAAUCUCCAAUUCUUCUCCCAAUGGAGCCAUGAGCCCAAAUACAUCAGCUUCCCGAGGAAAGAAAAGAACAGCACCAAAUGGUCCGAUCGCAUCUACUUCCAGAAAAGCUUCCAACACUGCCACACCAAAUAAAACAACUUCAUCCACCGCCUCUAAAGCACGAUCUAGUGAAGCGGCGCAAAGGACACCACCUGACUCAAGCGCUUCGGUUGACGGACAAAAGCGAAAAAAGAAAGCUGUUAGCUGUGAAGGAUGUAGAAGGAGAAAGUUGAAAUGUGAUCGUGGAUGGCCUUGUGGUGCUUGUCGCGAUCGUGAUGAAGCGCAUCUAUGCAGUUGGGAAGGUGGUACCAGACCGCAAGGAACAGGUCGAGAUCAAGAAAACGUUCCCCUUUUGGCAAGGAUGGAUAAGAUGGAGAUGCUUUUAGGCAAGAUAGCAGAUCGCAUUGGCAUCAAUGGACCUCCAAAUGGAAACAAAAAUGAGUCAAAUCCAAGUGUUCCGGUUCAUAGUGCUACAGAUAUUGCGACGCCUUCUAGCUCAGUAUUGACCAAUACUAAUGUCGGUGCAGCUUUGACUGUCAGACAGAAAGGUCCACCCGGUUCACUCAUGCGUGGUAUGAAUGUCUCGUUGCUACCAACAGCCAUUCAACCAAACACAAACGAUGAAAUGGCAGCCGAAUUAUUGGACAUUCUCAAAGCCAUGCCAGAUACAGCAAGCAUUCGAAAGAUGUGUCAUUGCUUUUUUGACGAAGUGAAUUGGAUGCAUUAUGCAGUCGAUGAGGACAACUUUUGGCAAAAGUUGUGCGAACAAGAAGAGAUUCGAACGAUGAUCGUGGGGGAAUCUACCCAGAUCAUUUCGACCGAGCAUGUUCGUAGUCAUCUUCAGUUUUUGGCUCUCACGCUUUGCAUGUGCGGGUUCGCAUUGCUUUACAGCGAUGAAUCAGAUUUUCCCGAAGUGGGCAGACUUGUUGGACUUUCCCCAGCAUAUGGGCCAUUCUUUGAUUCUGCCCAACGGGCUUUAUCUGCCACGAAUCCAUUUGACGAGCCAACACUAAUGUCCUUCCGUGUGUUGAUCUUGUUGAUUUGGGCAAUCGGCUGUGUUCGUGGACCUGCAAGCGGAAAUGCGGUUCAAGCGAUGACUUUAUCUCAAUUGCAAGCGUUAGAAUUGGAUAUCGAGCCUGCUGCUUCAAUGCCAAAAGCACAAGCACGAGACCGUAUUCGUUUGUUCCAUACUUUUGUCGUUAUGGAUUGGUUUGGUGCGGGUACGGUGAAGCGAAAUUAUUUUAUGCGUGAAGAGCCAAUCAAGCAUCCGUAUCUCUUUGCACGUCAAAAUGUCAAAGAAGGCUUAUCGGAAAAGGAUGGUUUCUUACUGCCAGAUAUGUGGCUCAAAUUGGAAGUUGCACGUAUCAAUAGACGUGCGGCCGAUCGGUCAGCAAUGACGGAGGAAGAGGCUUAUUCUACAACUUUACAACUACAAGAGGAAUUGGAUGAAAUUUUCUCUGAUCUUCCGCCAGAGUUUGAGAAUGAGAUCCAUGUUGACACGAAAGAGUUGGACAUACCUCGUUUCCAUCGAUUGGCAGUAUUGAUGCUUGUAGCCAAUCAGUUGAUCAACUUGCACAAAAGGUAUUACAUCCAAGGCUGGCUAAACCCUGUGUUUAGGACAUCGAGGGAUAUAUGUUUCUCUUCUGCAAGAAGGAUAUGCCUUUUGUUCCGUAAAACAUUCAGUCAUGCAGUUCCGAUGGACACAUUGAUGACCAUGGACGUUGAGCAAAUGAAGAGGGUCAUGGAUGGACGUCAAAAGCUCACUUCGAAAUUGUGGUACUUUGCACAUAGCAGUGUGGGUGCUUGUUUGCUUUUACAACAUCAUUAUGCCUUGAUGGAUGUUCAUCCUGACGCUGCUGGUCCUAAUGCCGACAAAGUUCGUGCAGAGAUCAUUGACGACCUGCGAUACACAAGGCGGUUGUUGUUGGCCAUGUCUGCCCGAUCGCAAAUUGCUCGUUCGGGUAUUGCUGUCUUGGCAAGACCUGAAUUGGCUUGCUCUGGAGGAGCAGAAGCGUCAAACUUCAACCAUGCUGAUACUAUGCAUCACCGAUCUAGACAUGCUUCCGGAACGUACGAUCCAGAUGGCUCGAUUGGUGAUGAAGAAUCUGCACGUAGGGCUGAAUUGGCCAAAGAUCUACAAAGUAUUACAGAUCAUGACUCUUUCGCUACUAAACGUUUCAAGAUGCAUGGUAAUGACGACUUUUUGAACUUUCGCUCCAGACGUCACAAUAGGCCUGCGAAUAACAGUGAAAUUGGCACAGGUACAACUCCCAGAUCGGUCGGAACGCCAGGUUCAUCGAGUAGUGUGAUGAAUGUAUCGCAAGGAACAAAUGGUCAAAGCAAUAAGUUUGGCGCACCAAAUGGAGAAGAGUCACAACAAGGUUCUUCUCAAUUUGUAGUUCCGUUCAAACCGCAACCAAGAACGCCCGGUAACGGUGCACAGAGAACCAAUCCUGCUCAAACGAAUGGGCUCAACAAUAGCCAUGCUCCUCAUUUGAGCAGUGCACAACUUUCCGAUAUGGAAGCAUUUUUGGAAUCGGCCUUAUCGACAGAUUUUACAACAGGCUUACCCGUUGCGCCUGAAGUUUCUUUUGAAAGAUCGGCAGAUCGAAUUGGAGGAACACAGCCUUUUGCUUCAAAUGGUGUUAUGAGACCUUUGAGUCCUUUCACUUCUGCUUUUUUGGGAAAUUGGGAUGCUUUCCAAUCAAAUCCUACUGCACAAAAUACCCCCAAUGGCAAUACCAAUGCCACCAUGCCAAAUGCAAAUUCCGGCACACCUAAUGGUGGGCAAAGUUGGGGCAUGUAAAAAGUUACUGAUUUAAUUCAUGUAGAAUGGUACAUUCAUAAGCU